AUGAAGGGACUCGCAGUGGAUUACUCUUUCGUGCUUCUUCUUCUGGUGGAUUUGCUUCUGGGUGUCGCCGCGCAGCCCUUUCCCAGGAUGCGCCCUGACGCACUGCUCCGUGGGAUGAGCGCCGGCCCCAGACGCACAGUGCGCAGGCAGCAGGCCAGCCAGCUGCCCCUCUACAUGAUGCAGCUCUACCGGACCAUGCUGACCGAGGACCGGGACAGCACUCCGGCUGCUAGCGUCAACCACAUCAGGACCGAGGACAACCCCGUUCUGCACGACUCCGACUCUGUGGUCAGCCUUGUCGCUAAGAGCUGCCAGCAGAUUGGCAAGAGGUGGUCCGUCACCUUUGACAUGUCCUCCAUGUCCGCAAGUGACAACAUCCAACUGGCGGAACUCCGCAUCCGCCUGCCCCCCUUCACCGAGUCUCCCGGAGCCUCGGUGGACAUCUACCAAUCUCACAGGGGCCGCUGCUCGGGCACGCACUGCCCCGAGAACCGUCAGUUCCUGGGCCGCGUGGUGGCCCAUCCCAGCUCGAUGGUCUCCCCCUCCUCCUGGAAGGUGUUCAACAUGACGGAAAUGCUCUCUCGCUGGCUGCAGCGGGAUCACCCCGCGCAGAGGACGGAGGAGGAUGAGGCUGAGGUGAAGGAGCAGGAGGGAGUCGGACACCCUACAGCUCACCGAGUCAUGAUGGUGGUCUUCUCAAGGCAAUUCUCCAACAGCCGGCGAAUGCCGACACUCAUCCGCACAGCAGAGCACUCCAAGUACGUCAGCCUGGACCACGAGAGAGCGGCGGCCGGCUCUGGUCCCCGGCCGAGGAGCCGCAGGUCCCAGAGGUCGCCCCGCACCCAGCAGCAGCAGCAGAGAGUGGCUGGAGCCGCUGCUGCCAGCAGGCCCGCAGAGGAGGAGCAGAAGGGUCCCCUCUGCAGGAAGGUGGACAUGUGGGUCGACUUCGCAACGCUCGGCUGGAGCGAUUGGAUUGUCUAUCCCAAACACUACAACGCCUAUCGCUGUGAAGGGAGCUGUCCGACACCAGUAGAUGAGACCUUCACCCCAACCAACCAUGCAUACAUGCAGAGCCUUCUGAAACUUCACCACCCAGACAAGGUGCCAUGCCUUUCCUGUGUGCCAACGCACCUGGCGCCGCUUUCCAUGUUGUACUUCGAGAACGGGAAGAUGGUCAUGAGGCAUCACGAGAACAUGGUGGUGGAGGAGUGCGGCUGCCACUGA